AAAGCGAGCAGGAAACAAACCCCAGUGUGUCUGUCUGAGCUUGGGAAAGAAGAGAAGAGUGAGGAAUAAGAGGCCGUGAAACGUUAUCGUCUUUAGAAUCGUAUUAUAUCACACAAGGUCUGGUAGAUGACCGUGACAGCAUGAGUGUGAAAGCUUUUGAACUUGUUCUCGCGGUAGAGCGAGAGCUCCUGAUGGGAGACAAACCCCGCAUCAACAUAGAGUGCAUCGAGUGCUGUGGCAAAAACAUCUACAUUGGGACCAAUGACUGCUUUCUCCACCACUUCCUGCUCGAAGAGAAGAGUUCAUCAAAAGGGAACCCGGCCUUUGCAGCUCAAAAGCAACUGCAGAGACAUCUGGGUCUCAAAAAGCCAGUGAAUGAGCUGAAGGCAGCUUCUGCCCUGAAUAGGCUAAUUGUACUCUGCGACAACACCAUAAUGGUUGUCAACAUGCUGAACUUGGAGCCUGUUCCGUCCGGGGCCAAAAUCAAAGGUGUUGUCACUUUUACCGUGAAUGAGAACCCUGUCAAUGGUGACCCCUUCUGUGUGGAAAUUGGUGUUAUUUCCGUCAAGAAAAGGACCAUACAAAUUUACAUGGUUUAUGAGGAUCGUGUUCAGAUUGUUAAAGAAUUGUCCACCCCAGAGCAGCCGUCUGCAAUUGGUCUGGAUGGCUAUUUCCUGUGUUUGGCACUAACAACACAGUAUAUCAUCCUUAAUUACAACACUGGAGCUUCUCAGGACCUUUUUCCCUAUGACAGUGAAGAAAGGAAACCUAUAGUUAAGAGAAUAGGAAGAGAAGAGUUCCUGUUAGCUGCACCUGGAGGUUUAGGAAUGUUUGCCACAGCUGCAGGAAUUUCUCAGAGAGCCCCUGUUCGCUGGUCAGAGAAUGUGAUUGGAGCUGCUGUUUGUUUUCCCUAUGUGGUGGCUCUGGAUGAGGGAUUUAUCACUGUGCAUAGCAUGCUUGACCAACAGCUGAAGCAAACCCUUUCUUUUAGGGAUGGACAUAUAUUACAGGAUUUUGAAGGGAAGGUGGUUUUAACCACCACAAAAGCAGUAUAUGUGCUGGUACCCUUGCCUUUGGAGAGACAGAUCCAGGACCUUUUGGCCAGUCACAGAGUGGAAGAAGCUCUUGUCCUGGCUGAGGGAGCCCGAAGAAACAUUCCUAAAGAUAAAUUUCAGGUAAUGUACAGGAGGAUUCUCCAGCAAGCAGGAUUUAUACAAUUCGGACGGCUUCAAUUUUCUGAGGCUAAAGAACAUUUCAGGAAGGGCCAUCUGGACGUGCGUGAGCUAAUUUCUCUCUAUCCUCUGCUCCUGCCUACCACUUCCACCUUCACACGCUCGCAUCCUCCUCUCCAUGAGUUUGCAGACCUCAACCACCUCACACAGGGAGACCAGAAGAAGAUCCUCAAGUGCAAGAGGUUCCUCAUCAGCUAUCUGAGCGAGAUCCGCAGUACAGAAGUAGCCAAUGGAUACAGGGAUGACGUGGACACUGCAUUGCUGAAGCUGUAUGCAGAAGCAAACCAUGAAAGCCUGCUGGAUUUGUUAGUUUCUGAGAAUGCUUGUGUCCUAAUGGACAGUGUUCCUUGGCUGGAGAAACACAAAAAGUUUUUUGCACUUGGACUUCUCUAUCAUUACAAUGGUCAAGAUGAUGCUGCAGUGCAGCUUUGGAUGCAGAUAGUGAAUGGAGAGCUCCACGAUGAUACCCGAGCUGAUCUGUAUGAAUACAUAGUGGAUUUCCUCACCUUCUCCUCCAAGCAAGAUCUAAUAUGGAAAUAUGCGGAUUGGGCUCUGCAAAAAAAUGAAAAGGUUGGUGUUCAGAUUUUUACAAAGAGACCAGAGGAUGAAGAGAAGAAAGGCAAACUGAAUCCAGACAAUGUCAUCAAAUACCUACAUAAAUAUUCACAAGCCAUCAUUUUGUAUCUUGAACACCUUGUUUUUGAAAAAAACAUUCAGAAGGAGAAGUUCCACUCUCACUUGGCUGCCCUGUACCUUGAUAGAGUGCUGCAACUGCAUUCCCAAAGUGAAACACCCUCAGAAGAGCUGAGCUCUUCCAGGACAAAGCUUCAGAACCUGUUGCAGAAGUCCAACCUGUACAGGGUGCAGUUAUUGCUAGGUAAAAUUAAGGACACAGAUCUGAAGUUUGAGUGUGCAAUACUGUAUGGAAAGCUGGAGGAGUACGAUAAAGCACUUCAUAUCCUUGUUCAUCAGCUCAAAGACUUCCAAGCUGCAGAAAGAUAUUGUCUGUGGGCCUCCGAGGACAAAGAUCCAUCCUACAGACAGCGGCUUUUUCACAUGUUGCUUGCACUAUACAUGGACCCUUCUAUCUCCAAUGAUGCCUUAGUAAUGGCUGCUGUGGACCUAUUGAACAGGCAUGCAGAGGUCUUCGAUGCAGUUCGUGUUUUAAGACUUGUUCCAGAGAGCUGGUCAGUCCAGCUUCUCUGUCCCUUCCUUAGUGGAGCCAUAAGGGAAAGCAUGCAUUCCAAGCGCAUGUCUCAGGUCGCACUGGGAUUAGCAAGAUCAGAGAACAUCAUUCACAAGCAUGAAAAGAUGAAGUCUAAAGGUGGUCCGAUUUUCUUGUCUGAGAAGAAAGGCUGCCAGUUGUGUCAUAACACAUUCAGUGAGCCUGAGUUUGUGUUUCACCCCAGUGGCAUUCCAAUCCACACUCACUGUGCAGCCAAGAGGAACAGAGAGUCUCCUAGCAGGAGGCAAUAUCCAAAUGUCAACAACCAUACCUGAAACAACCAUUUCUUACUAAACUCUUAAUCCUUCUUGCAAACAUUUCUGAAAGACAAGAAAUGGAGCUUGAUCAGCAUUGGUAAAGCACUGAAAAGCACAGAGGAGAACUGCUGUCAACAUGUGAACUUCAAGCACUCAGCCUUUAUACAUGGACAAGUCUUGUGUAAACCCGAAACUAUUUAUUCUAUGUUCCUAUCCAUAUAAACAGUGAGACUGAAUAACUGUGAAUGCUUUCUUCCCCUCCUGACAAUUCCAUCCCAAUGAAAUUGCAGAACAAGAAAUUAAACUUUUAUGAUAAAAAUAAAACAAAGGGCUGUGCCAGGUCUGUGCUAACAUCUUCUGUUCCAUUACCUCUAUAGUGAGACAUCCUUCAUGUGGUUUCUUCCUCCUUUGUCAGCCCCCUGCUUGAUCCUGUCCGUACGUAUUGAUUGUAGUGUCUUGAUAUACAGCAAAACAUUAAUUCUUUGAGCUUCCAUGAAGUUCCUAAUUGUGCAAUGAAAGUAAAACACCUGCAAUAUUUUGUUCUUAAAAAGUAGUUAAAGUGUUGGGGAAUGGCAUUAUAACAUCUUUCACUCAUGACAGUGGAAUGCAAAAGUGACUUGUGCUCCCAGCAUUUUUACAGUCUGCUUUUACUAUGCUUCCCUUUUUUGUGUAGUUUUCAGUGUCAGAUUCAUGCUUCACCUUGCUUUGGACAACUCACUCUUGAGGAAGGGGGUUUGGAGACUGCAGAUCAUUCUCCAGUCUGGCAGUGCAGUCUGACCCUCUUAUAAUGCAUUGAAUUUCAAGAGGAUUAUGGGUAAGCUUUGAGACUAGAACAGUUUGAAAAGUGGAUGAUAUGCAAGGCACUUUCAAAGUCUUUCAGUCACUGCUGAAAAUAAUAUUUCUGCAUCAGCACUCUUAUUUGUCUGGAGGUGACAUUUUUAUGUGCAUCAUUUAUGUGUCUGUGAUACGUUUUGUGUACCCAGUGAUUUAAAGUAUAUUGACUUAAUAGUCAAAAUAGUCUUCUCAUAUUGAAUACUGUAUAACUAGUCUGCAUUACAAAUUUUAGCUGUUGUCAACAGCAAAGAACGUUACUUACAAAACUCCUUCCUUAACUCUUGGGUAUGUAGAAGACAAUGUUUUCCUUCCUUGGGUCCCCAGCCAAGAUCGGGAGGAUACUGAAGAACCUUCUACAGUAAAUGACUAUUACAUAUACUAAUAUGUUCAGUGUGGUAACAAAUCAUCCCUGUGUUUUACUUUCUGUGACUAAGUGUUUAAGCUUUUAUUCUCAGACUAAGCUUGUAUUCCAGUCUUAAUCUGAUUUUUUAAGGAGGUAUUGUUUCAGUUGUCUUUUCUUGUAAUGAAGAUAUCAGGCUUUUAAUUUAAGAUGUUUCAGCUCAAAAGUAGAUCUUUUGUCCCUGUUUGAAAUGUUCUGCAUUUCCUUUUUCUGUUGCACUUUCCUACACUUUGAUCUGUCCUUGAGCUACAGUAGUAUGUUUGUAUCAAGUGAAAUGGCUGCUUUUGAGGUGGAGGUCUAAUAUCCCAGUGCUGCUGCUGCUGGGUUAAGGUGUUUAAAUUGCCAAAUUUACCGUCCUUAUUUCUGUUAAUUGCAAGUAUAAACCAUAUUGCCUACACUGACCAAUUUCCAUGAAAACAUUAGACCCAGGUCAAUGCACUUCUUAUUUCCAUUUGAUUUUCUCCUGAAGUUGUUAAAAGUAUUUUUCUGUCAUAUCUGGGUGCUUUGGAUGCAGAAAGCAGGUGCAUGAGUUUAUAUAAUAUACUGUAUAUCCUAUCUGUAUCUUAACCUCAGUACUAUUACAGGAUAUCAAGGGUGUUAAAGGUUUGCUGGGCUAAUAUUGUAUUUGUUAGCAUGAGAAAGAUAUUUGGGUUUUCAUUUUAGUAAAUGCAGAAAAUGCUGAAUCCAAAGUUUACAGAGAACAGAGAAGUAAACACAGAAACAGAAUAUCUACUCUUAAGUCUAAUCACAUUUCCCUUUGAAACUAUUCACCUACAAAUGGCUUCCUUAGGGAAGACAAAAAUAUAGAUUUGCCAUGUUAUACAACUGAUGGAUUUUGACAUUCAUUAAAAAGACCGUACCUGCUGGGAAAUAGCAGUAUAAUAGACAAUAUUUCCCCCAUUGCUUUCCUUUGGCAAUUAUACAGUCAGACAUUAGCUCUGGGCAUUUUGAUUCUGCAUCAGUAACCUUAUGGGAUACAGUUACUUAAUACUGAUACCACUAUUAUGGUAGUUCAGUCAUAGUUUAGAUCCAUCAGUGAUAAAACAGUAAUAUCUCUGAAAUAAUUUACAUAAAAAUUAUGAAGAGUCAAACAAAAACAAAAGAUGGUAUACUUCUGUACACUGUUAAGGUAUUUAACUGUGUUUAAGAAGGAAAAAUAAUAACAGCACAUAUGUUAAUGAAGUGAAAUAACCGGUGACGGUAAAAUUAUUAUUCAUCCCCGAUUUACAGGUUCCAGAUUCAUCUGCUUGCAUAAUGCAACACUACAUAAUCAUUACUUGAACUUUAUAAUUAAUGGACUGUUAAUGUAUCUGUUUGUGAUGUACAAGCAAUGUGAUGAGUACUUCAGUCCUGAAUUUAACCUAAGGAAAAACAGGAAGUAUACAUCCCAAUUACACUGAAAGUACCAUUGAAGGCAUUUAAGUAGAUCUUGGAUUCUAUGAAUCUAAGUAAAAGCUUAAAGCUUACAAAAAAGCUUAAAAGACAGUAAAUGAAAAGAGAUCACAUUUUCAAUAAAAUUCAGUUUAAACCUGUAAUAUUAGAUUUUAGCUGCAGUGAUUUUGUUUUUUUAAUGCUGUUGCUUUUUACAGAGCUCUUUCUUAAAAUUUAAAGCUGUAACAGCAUCUCUGAACAAUUUAGCAAAUAGUUUUGUUAGCCUUAGAAAAUAUUCACAAUGUACUAUGUUUAACAUCCUGUGUUUCUCUAAUACAGAUCAUGAUUAAGAUUUAUGCAUUAAAAUAUGCAUGUUAAAUGCAGUCUUUAUAUCCUGCGUUGUAUGCAGAAUGAAACAUUACUCUUUUGUGUGAUAUUCAUUGUAUUCAAUGUUAAUUACAGAUUUGUUUUCAUCUGUCCAAUGCACUUGUGAAUGGAAGAUAACUGAAAUCAUUCUGCCUAUUUUUUUCUUUUGGAAAAGGGACUGGACCUUAAUACUUGAAUUUUUUCAAAUAGGAUGACAAAGUGAUAGCAAUUGUUCUGAUUAUGUGUUGUGGGUUGACUGAUAAUAUCCAGUAAAUUAUGAAGUUGUGUUUUAUUCAUACGUUUCUGUAUAGUGAAACACUGUAAAAAGUUGCAGUUUUAAAUAUACUGUAUAUUGUUUAUAACCUGUUGUUUUAGCCUUAACAUACUGUAUAUAAUUAUGGGUGAAGGCUAUAAAAUACAGUAAAAGUAAUUUAAAAAGCCCUGUUUUAUAUAGAUACCAAAAACAUCCCAUUUCAAAGGCAGUAAAUAUGCCAUUCUUAAUAUAGUUAUAUGUUCUGCUUACAAUCAGUCAAUCAGAACUCUGAACAAAAAUAAGCACCCAUGCUUUUAAAGAAAAAAAAGUUCUUUAACAUGCUAGUUAAUGUCUGGGGUUCUGUUUACUAAAAUCAUCAUUCUCACUUAGUAAUGCACUACAGUCCAUCACAACCAUGGUCCUAUUGCCCAAGAUAGCAGAAGGAAAACCUCUUAAUCUUUCGGGAAUCCAUAACCGUGCCUGUUUCUCCAGCACUCUAAACACGCCAAUCAUUCUUCCAAGCACCGUACUGUUCCAUGCUUACUUAACUUUAAAGCAUAUAAAACAGGACAUUCUAAACAUUUUUUCAUAUCAUCUUAAUUAUCUUUAGUAAUCUUUGUUGCUUACUGUUUGAGUACUUUGUGGUUGUAUCUUUAAUAGCCCUUUUUUGUUUUGAGAUGCUGAUUUUAUUAUAUAUAUGUUUGCUGCACAAUUAUUUUUUAAUAUGGCCUACUGUACAUGAUUUACUGCUCUUUAAUCUAAUGGACAGAUCUGGAGGGAAAGACAACCUAGUCCAUAUUAACACAAUUAAAAACACUUUUCAAUACUAUAGGCUCUGUUUUCUGUUAAAUAUUCUAUGUGUAGCAGACUGCAACCUUCAGCUUCCAAGGCAUUUCUAACUGAAAAAUUCAAUCUGUCAUUUACUCAGUUGCUUGAUGAAUUAGUUUUAAGUAAACCCCGUUACCUUUCACUGAAAACUAGCCUUCAAUAUGGCAGUUAAAUCUGUUUUAUUUUACUAUAUGUGCAUUGUUUUUUUUAAUUCGACAAUUUGGUUGAAGUCUAUUUACAUGUGAAAUUACUGUAUUAACAUCGAAGCCAUUUCCCUACAGGAACAUGAACCAAAGUGGAGAUUUUCUUCCAGUUGAGGUGAUUGUUAGUAUUUCAAAAUGGUUUCAUACAGGGUAAUGGAAAAUCUUUCAUCCUCAAUCUUAUUUAUUCAAAACACCAUCUUCUCAAAAUCCUUUUCCAUGUUGCUGUCUUUAUAUCACUAAACUACUUUAUAAAUACAUACAGAUAUAUUUAUACUGUUUGUUGCUUUCUAAAUUGAUGCCAUUGUAGGUGGAAUGUACAAAUGUAAAGAAAUUUGAAUAAAUUUGAGUAGCUUUAUUCUA